GAUAGGGGAAAGCGGCGUGUUGCCAGUGAGUCAAAGCAGAGGGCAGGUGGCGUAUGGAAAGCCGUUUGAACCUUUAGUCCAUAUCCUUGUUAUCCAGCUUCUGGUCUAUGUAGUAGUACACUCUUUGUCCUCACUAAUAAGACAAUUCAGCACACUAGUAAAACGACUAUGCACUAUAGUAGAACAGCUGUGUGGUAGGCUACUAGUAAACGUUUUUCCAAUACUAUGAGGACAAGAGCAGAUUGUCCGGGUUCUAUGCCAAAGUUGUCACCUACUAGUGUACAGAAAUGAUCUUAUUUUAUUACUAUUUAUUUAUUCUCAAUUGACUGCCGGCGCCUGUGAGUCACAGAAAACCACAGGACAGGUAGAGCAGGCGACGAUCGGGUGUCAGGUUUCACUGUUUACUGGGACUCGGGAGUCAUUCGUGCUGGGGAGUAUCAGAGACUAUUUGUGACUACGUUCAGUUACCGAAGUUAGAAAAUCUGGCCACCAUCAAGCAAUGGCCCCGAAGUACAACGGUCUGUCCCACUGCAAGCUGGCCCUGGUGUUUGCUGUGGUGAUGGACCUGCUGGGCGUGACAUCCCUAUUGCUGGGUGUCUUCGCGCCACUGGAGAUCCGAGGAAGAGACUUUGGGGAUUUUCUGGUGUACUCGGGAGCUCUGCUGGUGCUCCUGUCCUUGGCGGGCUGGGUCUUGUGGUACAGCGGCAAUAUUGAGGGCCUGACCUCCAGGAAGGAGCUGGGGGACGCUAUGGGCGGCGCUGUAGACCGCCUGGCCCGAUCCCUGAGCAGGAGGAUACGGCUCCCCAGGACUCGCAGCAGUCCGACAUAGACACUGGAGCACGCACAAACACCCUGCCUGAGGCAAAGGAGUGCCAUUAUGUACAAGGACAAAGUACAGUGAUUGUAACGCAAUACAUUGCAGUGUUUCAACACAUAGGGAUACGUAAGGUACACGUUCUAUUGUAUAAUAUCUGGUGUUGUCAUCACAGUAAAACAAGCCAGAAACGAAGCUAUGAAAUAAAUCACUAUUUUUAUGUACAAGAUAAAUUUUAUAUUCUCCAUGGUUCCUGCAUGUUGUAAUCAUGUGCAUAAUUGCACUUACAUAUUGCAUAUGAUGCAUGGAAUAAUUAUGAACCCCUAGUUUUUUAGAGGUGAUAUUAAAACAUUAAAACAAAGCUCCAAAGAACAUGAUCAUAGAAAUAAAUAUGUACUUACAUACCAUAUUGGCACACUUUUAAAAUGUGGAGUACUGUGCACUUCAUUCACAAUGUACUUUAAGCACAAAGGUGAAAGAAAUCCGAAUAUUGAGUGAUGCCCUGCUUCCAGUUUACAAGAAAAUAGAUACACAGAAGAUGCUUUUGCA